AUGAAGUCCAACAACAUGAGCCAGGAAGAGAAGCAGAACAAGUUAUGUAUGUUCAAGGACCGGGUUGUUGAGGCUAUCUGUCUUCUGUACUCUUUUACGCCACCCGAAGACACGGCGCCAGGUCCCCAUGGAGGCGGUCGCAUCACGAGUCUUGUCUGGGGCCGCGAGGAUUCCGAGUCACCGCGGGAAUAUGAGAGCGUGGAAGAUCUGCAGAACUGGAUAAACGCGGAAAACGACAGGACAAAUCCCGGCUACCCGCCCGCAGACCUGGUGUCGGAAGAUCUGCGGCUCUGCUUUGGCGACAUGAACCUGACAAACUUCAUCAUGGAGGAUGGUGAAGACCCUUCGAGCCGCUUGAACAUCAUAGAUUUCGAGCAUGCGAACUUCCUGCCAACGUCGUUCCUUGUCUACCCGUCUUGGCUCACCCGCGAUUCCCAUAUCAGCGAGGGCAUUAGGCUGGGAGCUCAGGUGCGAGUUAACGAGGACACAAAUGCUGCGCUUGAUAACAUGAGAAGGCACAGACCUUAUUAG